CCCCAUCCAGCUACUGGCAGCAGAACCAUGACCAUCCUCCUGGGACUAUCAGCUCCAGUCCUCACGGUUGCUUGCCUCCUGAUCCUGUGCCCAGAGGGGGCUCCGACGAGCAUGGGAGGCUCCCUACCCCUUCCCCCAAAGGGCCAGAGCCACUGGCCCUGGCUCCGUGCUCAGGAGAGCAGCCACCUUGCCUCUCUCACCCCCCAGCACAACUUGGGGACAGACUAUUACAGCUAUGAGGACCUCUCUACCCUGGAUACCCCAAAGAUGCCUAGCUCCCAGCACCCACCCCAUCAGCCUUGUGACUACCACCAUUGCCGCCACCUGCAGACAGCCUGUGCAGAGUUGAGCAAAGAUACUGGUUGCCUGUGCCCUGGGGUGACUGGCCCAGAUGUGCCUCCGGAGCCGCCCCAGCUGGGGCCAGUGCACGUCACUGAGUCUGGGGCCAGCCUGCAUUGGUGUGCCCCCUCCUCCACAGUGUGGGAGUACCGACUGAUGUACCAGGCUGAUGGGGGCCACACCAUUGCUGGCCCCAUCUUCAACAGCACCUUCCGGAUGGCAGUUCUCGCGGGGCUGCAUCCCAGCACCUCCUACCUGGUGUGUGUCAUGGCAGCCAACCAGGCUGGUGCCAGCCCCACUGACGAUGGGAGUCGGGCCCAUGGACCGUGCCGCACCAUCCGCACCCUGGCCCCCCAGCUUCCCUAUGCAUAUGUGGCGGCAGGACUGGCGGCCAUGUUCGGCCUGGUGGUGGUAGCCACGCUGACCUGGCACUUUGCCCUGCGCUCGAGGAGACGGCAGUUCCAUGGCUCCCAGGACAACAUCCUGGAUGGGGAGGUGGGGCCAAGUGGGGUAGCCAAUGGCUUAUACAAGGGCGAGGAGCAGCUGUAGGGGCACCUGAACCGUCCAGCCCCCAGACACAUACACUGCUGGCCUGGAUCGGAGUCAGCCCCCAUGGCCUGUCCAGUGCAGUGGGGACCAGGGAUGGCAGAGAUGUGGAGUUAGCGGUGGACACCACCUGACCCAGCCAGAGCAUGAUGCCCUCCCCCACUCCACAUGGGGUGAGGCUGCUCAGGUCCUGAUGCUCCCUCCCCAUAACAUUUAUUUAUUUAUUUAUAUAUUUAUACAGUGAAAGGUGGGAAGGUCCUGAAGCAUCAAGGGCUGUGGGGAGGCUCCAUGGGGGGCAGGGAAGAGGGACGUAUAGGCAGAGGCCCUUGACAACCAGUAUGAAUCAUUCUGAGUAACGAUCCCAUCCCGCACCGGACCACCUGUGCUGGCUCCAGUGAGUGGAGGAGUUGCCUGGGGCUCCCCCUGCUUGUUGUGGGAGUAGGUCACCCCAGUUGCUGUUGCAUGUCUGGCCUCGGGGCUGCACCCUGGGACCACCUGCCCCCCCAUAACUAGGAUGGUGCAGUGGGGGGAGGAGCCAUGGCAGGGGGCU